AAACUCUCUCUCUCUCUCUCUCUCUCUCUCUCUCUCUCUCUCUCUCUCUCUCUCUCUCUCUGUGUAUACAUAUAUAAAUUUCCAGCAUAUAUAGUUGCAUGUUGGUGGGUAAGGUUGUGAAAAAGUUGAGUAUUAUCAUGAAGGAAACACUGAGGUACUUGGCAGGAAUAGCAGGGCCAAGUGGGUAUGGAUCCAACUCCACAGCUGAGCAAGUUACUCAAGAUUCUUCUUCUUCUUUAUUCUCACUCCCUAAUUCUCAACUCACUGCAAUUGUCACUGGUGCAACGUCAGGGAUCGGUGCUGAAAUUGCGAGAGUAUUGGCGAAGAGAGGUGUGAGAGUUGUUAUUCCGGCAAGGGACUUGAAAAUAGCCAGCGAGGUUAGGGAAAGAAUUCAAAAGGAGUCUCCAAAGGCUGAGAUCAUAUUGUUGGAGAUUGAUUUGAGCUCCUUUGCUUCAGUCAAGAGAUUUUGUACUGAAUUCUUGUCUCUUGGAUUACCCCUCAACAUUCUCAUAAACAAUGCUGGGAAAUUCUCACAAAAGCUGGAGUUCUCUGAAGACAAAAUUGAGAUGACUUUUGCAACAAAUUACUUGGGUCAUUUCCUGUUAACAGAGUUAUUGUUAGAUAAGAUGGUAGAUACAGCAACGAACAUGGGAAUUCAAGGAAGGAUUAUCAACGUUUCUUCUGUACUGCACAACUGGGUGAAAAAAGAACAUUUCUGCUUCACCAAUUUGCUUAACCCAAACAACUAUAAUGGUACCCGCGCUUACGCUCAAUCCAAAUUGGCCAACAUAUUGCAUGCCAAGGAAAUAGCAAGGCAGCUGAAGGGAAGAAAUGCUAGGGUAACUGUCAAUGCGGUGCACCCCGGGAUUGUGAAGACUGGCAUCGUUAGAGACCAUAAAGGCUGCAUCACAGAUUCUCUGUUCUUUUUCGCAUCCAAACUGCUAAAAACAUCAGCACAGGGAGCAUCUACCACCUGCUAUGUUGCUCUAAGCCCAAAAACAGAAGGGGUGACCGGGAAGUACUUUGCCGACUGUAAUGAAACAAACUGCUCAACCCUUGCAAAUGAUGAAUCUGAAGCUCAGAAACUAUGGAAGCAGAGUCGAGCAUUGAUUCGUAGACAUCUACGUCAAGCAAAGCAAUAGUUGUGGUCAUGUAUAUAUGUACUAUCCAUAUAGUAUAUAUGAACUCAAGUAGGAGCGUAGGACAUAUUACAAGAGUAGUCUAGUAUUAGUUGCUGCUAAUGUACAAGAAAAUAAAGAUUGGAUAAGGUUCAUCCCUAAAAUUGGCAAAUAGUGUACAAUGAACUUAUAAUUUUCACCUA